UAGAGCCUCCGAUCCAGCAGCACCACCUGAGGAUCCCGGAAGCCGCCCCCGCGAUGGAAGAAGACCAGGAGUUGGAGAGGAAAGCAAUUGAAGAAUUGCUUAAAGAGGCAAAACGUGGCAAAACGAGAGCAGAAACGAUGGGACCUAUGGGUUGGAUGAAGUGCCCCCUCGCCGGCGCGAAUAAGAGGUUUCUGAUUAACACGAUUAAGAACACGCUGCCCUCCCACAAAGAGCAGGACCCUGAGCCGAAAGAGGCCACGAAGGCACCUGCGAAAAGCCAGAGCCGGAAGGAAGAGCACCGCAAGGGGCACCGAGGCCACCCUUACAAGCCCAGCUCCCAGGGCCGGGGCGCGCGCGGCGGCCCCUCGCCACCGCCGAGGCGGAGCAGCCCGGAGAGGGGCCCGGCGAGGGGCCCGGCGAGGGGCCCGGCGAGGUACGAGAAGCGGUCCGACAAGCGGUGAGGCCGGGACCGCGCGGCCGCUGCCUCCGGGACUGGGGCUUGUGCGGACGCGGGGUUGGGGCACGGGCCACGGGCCUCGGGCUGGAGUGGUUUUUCGCGCCGGUCCUUUGCGGCGGCGACACGGCUGUCCGCGCCCGGGGACUCGUCUGCAGGCGGCGCGGCAGGUUUCGGCCACUCGGGCAGCGCCCCGCGCACGCGUGUGGUUUCUGUUCUCGCUCGUUCGCCGGUUGGUUUCGAAAUAAAUCUGAAACGGAAACAAAGUUCCCCGAGAUGGUUACGACUAGUUCCAGGGUUGUUUGUUUGUUUCAUGUGUUCCAAUCGUGGUCAUUUCUCAAGUUUUCUCCAAAAAAAAAAACCAAAAACAAAAACCACUUGUAAAUGCUAGACGUUAUCUUGCUGGAGGCUGAAUUUCAGAGGCAGAGGUCAGCCGGACAGUGACCGUGCUUAGGCCGAGGUGUGGCCCUAGGAAGGGCUGGAAACGUACCAGGAAGAAACGCAGGUUCCCCAGAUGAACCACCUUUCCAUAGUCAGUUUUGGGGGCAACGUGUGCGUUCUAAGCGGUGCUUUCAAAAGAACCCUCAAAGGUUAAAGUUAAAUUUUUCAGUGCUGUGUCUUCUUGAGCUAAAGACCUACAUUACCACCCUCAGUAGAGUUGUUUCCGAAAUCUUGAUUUAAAUAAAAGUGUGUUUACAACGCC